AUGUGUACAGCUUCCAUGCCGUUGUCUUGAAGAGCGAAGACGCAGAGUCCUUGCUUCCGCCCUGACUCCGCCCAGUUCGUCCCUGGGCGGGGCUGAGGAGGAGGCGUGGCGACGCUGUGCGCGUGCACAAAAGGGAGCUGAGAGACAGGGGCGCCGUGGCACAACUGGCUUGAGCGAUUGGAAACGAGAUGCAGGACCCCAACGCAGACACUGAGUGGAAUGACAUCUUACGCAAAAAGGGCAUCUUGCCCCCCAAGGAAAGUCUGAAAGAAUUGGAAGAGGAGGCAGAAGGGGAGCAGCACAGGAUCCAGCAGUCAGUGGUGACAACAUAUGAAGAUAUGACUUUAGAAGAGCUGAAGGAUCAUGAAGACGAGUUUAAUGAGGAGGAUGAACGUGCUAUUGAAAUGUACAGACGGCAGAGACUGGCUGAGUGGAAAGCAACUAAACUGAAGAAUAAAUUUGGAGAAGUUUUGGAGAUAUCAGGGAAGGAUUAUGUUCAAGAAGUAACCAAAGCCGGUGAGGGCUUAUGGGUCAUCUUGCACCUUUACAAACAAGGGAUUCCCCUCUGUGCCCUGAUAAAUCAGCACCUCAGUGGACUUGCCAGCAAGUUUCCUGAUGUCAAGUUUAUCAAAGCCAUUUCAACAACCUGCAUACCCAAUUAUCCUGAUAGGAAUCUGCCCACAAUAUUUGUCUACCUGGAAGGUGAUAUCAAGGCUCAGUUUAUCGGCCCUCUGGUGUUUGGUGGCAUGAACCUGACAAGAGAUGAGUUGGAGUGGAAACUGUCUGAAUCUGGAGCAAUUAGGACCGACCUGGAGGAAAACCCUAAGAAGCAGAUUGAAGACGUGUUGCUGUCCUCAGUGCGGCGCUGUGUCCCCAUGUGGAGGGACAGCGAUUCCGAGGGGGACUGAGGCUGCAGCUGCUAUCACGUGCCGAACUUUAUGUGACAAAUUGAAUUUUUUAAAAAAGGAAAAAGCAAGAAUGAAUCCUUCUGAUUUUUAGUUUUAUAUAAAUUAUGUUUUAAAUCUUUACAUUUUGGAAAUAAUCAUUGCUGGAAAUUCUGUUAAAUAUUUUACAACUUUUAAAAUUAUAGUAUUUCCUCUAAAAAAAAAAUUAAAACCAGCUCUUGGUAUGGUAACUGU